AUGGAGGCAGAGAUCUUAGAUCUUCGAAACAAGCUCAAAGAGUGUGAAAACGAGCGACUGAAAGCGGCACAGUAUGGCUUACAGCUGCUGGAGAGGCAAACUGAAUUGCAGAAAGAAUUGGAUAAAUAUCAUGAAGAAAUGAUCACCACAACUGAGAAUUAUAACCAAGAGAAGUAUGCCCUUCAAAGAGAAGUUGAGCUCAAGAGUCGGAUGUUAGAAAGUUUGAGCUCUGAAUGUGAAGCUGUGAAACAACAACAGAAAAUGCAGCUGGAGCAGUUAGAAAUGAAUCUAAACAGAAGCCACAGGCAGCAAGUGAAUGACCUGAAAGAUAAGUUAGAAAAGCUGAAAGUGGAGUUAGAUGAAGCGAGGCUCAGUGAAAAGCAGCUGAAGCAGAAGCUGGAGGACCAGGAGGAACUUCUCUCUCGAAAGUCUGAAGAGCUCCGGCUAAUGCCUGAGCAGCGCAGCCACAGUAGCAUGUCUUCGGAGGUGCUGGCUCUUCAGAUUGAGCUAACUGAAAUGGAAGGUGUGAAGGAUGCCCUCAAGGAAGAGGUCAAGGAACUGCAGUACAAACAAGAGCAACUAGAAUGUUUCAAUACUUCCUUACUGCACCAGGUAGACCGGCUUCAAGAAGAAAAAGAGGAGCGAGAGAAGGAAGCAGUGUCUUAUUAUAAUGCCUUGGAGAAAGCUCGCAUAGACAAUCAGGAUCUUCAGGUGCAGUUGACUCAUGCACUCCAGCAAGCGUUGGAUCCCAACAGUAAAGGAAACUCUCUGUUCGCAGAGGUGGAGGAUCGAAGGGUGGCAAUGGAACGCCAGCUCAACUUGAUGAAAGUCAAGUAUCAGUCACUGAAGAAGCAAAACGCAUUCACCAGAGAGCAGAUGAACAAAAUGAAGUUACAAAUCUCCACACUGCUGAGAAUGAGGGGAUCUCAAACAGAAUUUGAGCAGCAGGAGCGGUUGUUUGCCAUGUUGGAGCAGAAGAAUGGUGAAAUAAAACACCUUUUAGGUGAAAUCAAUAAUCUGGAGAAAUUUAAGAACCUAUAUGAAAGUAUGGAAUCUAAGCCUUCCACAUCAGCUCUCCCUUGUACUCUAGAAGACAGCACCUAUUAUGCAGAUUUACUUCAGCUAAAGCUUGAUAAAUUAAACAAAGAGAAUGAAGGUACAAAAGGCGAACUAUCCAUUCAGAGAAUGAAGGCAUUAUUUGAGAGCCAGCGAGCCCUAGAGAUUGAGCGGAAACUGUUUGCAAAUGAAAGACAUCUGCAGAUUUCAGAAAGUGAAAAUAUGAAACUGAGAGCUAAGCUAGAUGAAUUAAAGCUGAAGUAUGAACCUGAAGAGAAAAUUGAAGUCCCUGUACUCAAAAAGAGGCGUGAGGUGCUGCCGUUGAACAUAACCACCCCAGAAGAAACAGCAGCUACCAGUGCCGUGGGAGAAGUUCCUAGCCUCCCACUUCAGAGAGAGGAGAAGGAGUCCUGUCUUAAUAACUUAGAAGAUAACACUGUGCAGUGGGAACAGCCAGCCUCUUCAAGCAUUCCGCCAGCCACUCUCUCUCCUCACAAGAGCCUGCCUCAGGAUAUGCAGCCAAAGAAGGAGAAGAAAUGUGUGAAGCUUGCGGAUGGUCCAGCCAACACUGAGGCCUUGCGUGAACAAAGUGGGAACAGCCCCUGUCCUCCCAGGUUAACUGCAGAAUCAAGACUUCCAACAGAAGUGAAAGAAAGGAAAGAAAUUACAAACAAAUUGGACAAAGGAGCUUGUAAGAAAUCAUACGACAUCAUGUAUGUGUCUUCAAAGUCAACCCCAGAGGUGCAGUGCCCACAGCAGUAGUGGGGCGGUGCAUGCUGGGCUUUGCUAGUGAUCAUUCACGUGCCCUAGACACCUGUGGAGCAUUUGCAUAACCCAGUGCUAACACCUGCUGUGCUCCUGUCUCUGUGAUGUGUUCAGAUGUGGCUGUGAUGCUGACCUGGAAGGUCCUUAAAUGAUGUUCCUUCUCAGAACUGUGAAGCACAAUGAACAGAUAUAUUCAUAUAUGUAAUCUAGAUGUU